AUGCCGACCAGAUCCAAGGCGAGGAAAGAGGAGCCCGCUGAGGCCGGGUCCGACAUUGUCAUGGAGGAGGCGCCGACUUCUCACCAGCCCGAGAGCAAGGACGAUGAUAUGUCCUUACCUGGCUCAACACCAACCGCCGCAUCGUUUGAGUUUCUCAACGAGGGCCAUACUCUUGGGAACGCCUUGAGAUAUGUCAUCAACAGGAAUCCUGAGGUUGAGUUCUGCGCAUAUGCAAUUCCACAUCCCUCGGAGCCAAAAAUGACCGUAAGGAUUCAGACAUUCGAAGGCACAACGGCAAUUGAGGCGCUGGAAAAGGGGCUUCGAGACCUACAAGAUCUCUGUGACGUCGUGACAGACAAGUUCAUCGAGGCCCGCGAACGCUUCUCAGCAGGUGCAUCUUCGUAG